AGACAAUCGUAAAGCUGCUCCGGGCCGCUCACCUGCUCCCGCCUCCUGGAGCCCGACCGGUCCCAGUCACCCCUGCCCCCUCCAUUGCCCGCCCCCCGCCCGAGCCCGCGCUGGGCAAGGAGCCGAGAGGGCCGAGAGGCCGAGAGAGUAUGAGGCCCGCCGCAGCUGUCCCAAGCAGCGCAUGGUGAUAGCCUCCCCCAGAGGAGGAGGCGCCUAGACCGUUGCCUCAUUUCUUGUUUUCCUCUCCCCCACCCCCCAUUUCACCUCCCAGUAAUUACAUUGGCUGCUGAAAGGGACCGGGAGAGACAGAGGAGGCGCCUCGCUUCCCCCUCACGACCGCCACCCCUGCUCUUUCCCGUCCCGGGCCAGGAUGACUGGAGUCUUUGACAGUCUGGUGGCUGAUAUGCACUCGACCCAGAUCACGGCCUCCAGCACGUACCACCAGCACCAGCAGCCCCCGAGCGGCGGCGGCGCGGGCCCCGGCGGCAGCAACAGCAACACCAGCAGCCUCCACAAGCCACAGGAGUCGCCAACCCUUCCGGUGUCCACAGCUACCGACAGCAGCUACUACACCAACCAACAGCACCCGGCGGGCGGCGGCGGCGGGGGGGGCUCGCCCUACGCGCACAUGGGCUCUUACCAGUACCAUGCCAGCGGCCUCAACAAUGUCCCUUACUCCGCCAAAAGCGGCUACGACCUGGGCUACACCGCUGCUUACACCUCUUACGCGCCCUAUGGGACCAGUUCGUCCCCAGCGAACAACGAGCCUGAGAAGGAAGACCUCGAACCUGAAAUCCGAAUAGUGAAUGGGAAGCCAAAGAAAGUCCGGAAACCCCGCACUAUCUACUCCAGUUUCCAGCUGGCGGCUCUUCAGCGGCGUUUCCAAAAGACUCAAUAUCUGGCGCUGCCUGAGCGAGCCGAGCUGGCGGCAUCUCUGGGCCUCACCCAGACUCAGGUCAAAAUCUGGUUCCAGAACCGCCGAUCAAAGUUUAAAAAGAUGUGGAAAAGCGGGGAGAUACCCUCGGAGCAGCACCCUGGGGCCAGCUCUUCGCCACCGUGUGCCUCGCCUCCAGUCUCGGCGCCGGCCUCCUGGGACUUCGGCGCGCCUCAGCGGAUGGGGGGCGGCGGCGGCCCGGGCAGCGGAGGCAGCGGUGCGGGCAGUUCAGGCUCCAGUCCUAGCAGCGCAGCCUCGGCUUUUCUGGGCAACUACCCGUGGUAUCACCAGGCGUCGGGCUCUGCCUCACACCUGCAGGCCACAGCGCCUCUACUGCACCCCACUCAGACCCCGCAGCCUCACCACCACCACCAUCAUCACCACGGCGGAGGGGGCGCCCCGGUGAGCGCAGGGACGAUUUUCUAACCCCACGGAGGCCGCUGCAGAGACAGAGCAAAGACCAGCGAUUCCCAGGGCUUGCCUCCACAGCCGGUGGGUCCCUCCCGCUGGCCAGCGGCCGCCACCCAGCAGUCCCUGAGGCUGCGGCCUAGGAUGGCCCGCCCUAAGCGCUGCUCCCUCUCUCAGCCACGGAGCAGGGC